GCAUGCGCUCUGUGAGCUUCGGACGAGCUGCAGCCUUCAUCAUGUCCGCUCCAAUCGCUAGCACAUCUAAAAGACGAAUAGGACAGCCAAUUGGCGAGCCGGUCGCCAAGAAGGCAUUUUCAAUCUUCACUCCUGUGAAAGAUAGGAAACCAUGCUUCAAAUGGCUGGAGGCGACGCACACAGGAUCAGAGAGCUGCCUUCAGGGUGCUGCACAUGACGCCAAAUUGCCCAAAGCAGAUAGCAAGCACAACAUCAAGCUGGCUAUGUUUGACUUGGACGGCACGCUGAUCAGGCCGAGAGGCAGGUCACAGUUCUCGGGUGACGAGACAAAUUGGCAGUGGUGGCAUGCAGCUGUGCCCAAGAAGUUGAAGCAAGUUCACGCGCAGGGAUACACUAUCAUCAUCUUCACCAAUCAACUUAUCAAGUCUAAUCAAUUAGCAGUAUGGAAACGCAAGAUACCCCUCGUCGCUCAAGAUCUCGGCAUUCCUUUCCUGAUCUUUGCUGCAACUCAAAAGGAUCAACACCGUAAGCCUCUGCAGGGCAUGUGGCAAGUCGCCAUCUCAAACAUUGCUCCGCGCCCUGUCUAUGAUGCAAGCUCCUAUUAUGUAGGCGAUGCAGCAGGACGAGCCAACGACCAUUCCGACGGCGAUCGCAAGUUUGCGUACAACCUCGGUCUCUGGACAGGCACUCCUCUUGCAUUCCAUACGCCUGAAGCCUUUUUCCUUGAUCAGACCGAGCUGCCUUUCGAGCUCUCUGGCUUCGACCCCGAUGCUUUCCUCAAAGAGACGCAAGACAUGCCUCGCGUGACGCCCACGUCGUCUGCUCUUGUACCGAAUGGCAGAGUGGCAGAGGUCGUCGUUGCCGUCGGCUAUCCUGGCUCGGGGAAGACCCAGCUCUACAGGGACCACUUUGCUAGCAAGGGAUACGUCCACGUGAACCAAGAUACCCUCAAGACGCGCAUCGCGUGCAUCUCUCUGGUCGAGUCCUCUCUACGCGAAGGCAAAUCCUGUUUCGUUGACAACACGAAUCGCAAUAUCGAGACACGAGCACACUACAUCGACCUCUGUCGACAACACAACGCGAAUGUGCGCUGUCUCAACUUUGAUGUGCCCUUCGCUGCAGCAUGGCACUGCAAUCUCUUCCGCGCAUUCGUGGUCCCGAACAGCGAUGCAAAACAGCGAUCAUUGGUGCCCGAGACAGGCUAUACAUCCUUCAGAGAGGCAUACCAGCCGCCGACGACGCACGAAGGCUUUGAUGAGGUCCUCACGGUCAAUCUGGUCCCCAAGCUGGAGGGCAAGAAUGUGCAGCGCUGGAGAAUGCGGUUGUGUCAAGCUACGUCUGCCGAGCGGCGCGCGCUGCAGGCUCUUGCAUGA